UCGUUUUCUAUUUCUUUGUUUAUAGUUUCUUUGAUUGAUUUCUGCUACCAAUUCUAAUUUGAGUUCUUCCACAAGAGAGAAAAGAAGAGGUCGUAGGCAAACUAGGGUAUUUGCUUUCUAAUUUUUAAGAUUAAUCAUAUACUUUGACGAAAUUCCAAUAUCCGGUAUAAGAAAAUAAUAUCUUAAGAAACAAGACUAACGGUAUUAUGACAAUGUUACUCGAGCGGGGUUUAUUAAUUCGAUUCUUCUAUGUGCAAACAUCCCACAUAGAUCAUUUGCCUAUUUAAGAUUUGAUCUAGGGGUUUUAAUUAGUCUUCUUGUGGUGCUUUUGCGGAAAAAUCAUUUUCAAAGGACUUUCUCAACUCCGAAAUUAUAUCAUAAAAAUGGUAAUGUUAUAAUCACCCUAUCAAUAUAAAUGUUGAAGACUUAGCACAAAGUCUACACAACCCUUAAUUAACUGACCAAUUAUUUAGUGUAAUCGUUGCAACUUUUCCCAACAAGAACAAUCCUCCUUUGAAACAGAGCAACCACCCAAAAAAUGAAGGCUCCUAAUGUGUUUUUACUACUCUUGAUCACAGUAUUUUCCAUUUUUCAAUCAGCCCAAUCUCAAGAUGAGUCAGGAUUCAUCAGUUUGGAUUGUGGGUUGAUCCCAAUAAACACAACCUAUGUGGAGAGGUCGACAAAUAUAACAUACAUAUCAGACGUGAGUUACAUCGACAGUGGAGUGGCCCGGAGGAUCAAUAAAACGUUAUUCACUCAAUUUCAACAACAGACUUGGGAAUUAAGAAGCUUUCCAGAGGGUCAAAGAAACUGUUACAACUUCAACCUCACAAAGAACUCGAAAUAUCUUAUAAGAGGAACCUUUUUGUAUGGGAAUUACGACGAUUUGAAUCAACUUCCAAGUUUUGAUCUUUACAUUGGUGCUACCAAAUGGACUUCUGUUUCAAUCCAAAGAGUGGCAAGUGCAUCAAUCCACGAGAUCAUCCAUGUCUUAACACAAGACCGUCUCCAAGUUUGUCUUGUCAAAACAGGAGAAACGACACCGUUUAUUUCGUCCUUGGAACUUCGUCCGUUGAACAAUAAUUCCUAUGUCACUCAAAGUGGAUCGUUGAUGUUGGUGAGCAGAGUUUACUUUCCACCGACUGAUCCAACUCCAUCAUUCAUCAGGUACGAUAAGGAUAUCCAUGAUCGAAUGUGGGCGCCAUACUCUGAUGACAAAACAAUGUCGUUAAGCACGAAUCUUCCUGUGGAUACAAAUAACUUGUACAAUGUUCCUCAACUCGCAAUGAAAACCGUUCUUAUCCCUAUUAAUGCUAGUCAGACUCUAAACUUAGGGUGGACUCUCAACGACAUCUCUGCACAGUCACAUAUAUACAUGCAUUUCGCAGAAAUCCAGAAUUUUCAAGCUAAUGAGAUCAGAGAGUUUGACAUUACUUACAAUGGUGGCUUACGUUGGUUUAGCUUUUUCAGGCCAGAAAAACUCAGUUUAACAACUAUAUUCAAUCCAAGAGCUGUGAGUUCUUCAAAUGGAAAAUUCAAUUUCUCUUUUGCCAUGACCGGUAACUCCACUCUUCCUCCUCUUAUCAACGCCCUCGAGAUUUAUAAAGUCUUGGACUUUCUACAACUUGAGACAGAUCAAAAUGAAGUUUCUGCUAUGAUGAACAUCAAGAACACAUAUGGAUUAAGCAGAAAGAUAAGCUGGCAAGGAGAUGUAUGUGCUCCUCUAUUCUAUCGGUGGGAAGGUUUAAACUGCAGUUAUCCUGACUCUGACCCACCAUUUGUCAUAUCCUUGAACCUGACGGCGAGCGAAUUGACCGGUACCAUAACACCUGAAAUAUUCAAGCUAACAAAGUUGAGAGAAUUAGAUUUAUCAAAGAAUGAUCUAUCAGGAGAGAUUCCGGCGUUUUUUGCUGAUAUGAAGCUGUUGACAUUCAUAAACUUAAGCGGAAACCCAAAGCUCAAUCGCACAGUUCCAGGCUCUCUUCAGCAAAGAAUAGAGAGCAAAUCUUUAACACUAUUGUUGUAAGAUUUUCAUGGAUAAGUAUAUCAGGUUCCUUGUAACAAUAUUUACAUGUAGUGUGACUAAUGAUUGCAGCAUAUUGUUUUUAUUCCCCCUUGUGGCUAUUCUCCCAUGUUUGUUUAAUUUUGUACAUUGUAUUCC